AUGGCCUCAAGCAAUUGCUCCUUACCUCCACCUCCUAUUUUUUCUGGUGAGAACUACCAAAUAUGGGCUGUCAAAAUGAAGACCUAUUUGAGUGCUUUUGAUUUGUGGGAAGUUGUGGAAAAUGAGAAGGAACCACCACAACUUCCUGCAAAUCCAAUAGUAACUCAAAUGAAAAAUUAUAGUGAAGAAAAGGCAAAGAGGUACAAGGCUAAAAGCUGUAUUGAGUCUUCAGUUUCUGAUGAUAUAUUCAUUAGAAUCAUGACUUGUGAAACUGCAAAACAAGCUUGGGAUGUGCUCAAGGAAAAGUUUCAAGGCAGUGACAAGAUAAGACAAAUGCAAGUGUUGAAUCUUAGAAGAGAGUUUGAAGUCUUAAAGAUGAAGGAGUCUGAAAAUUUAAAGGAGUACAAUGACAGACUCAUGAAGAUAGUAAACAAGAUUAGAUUACUUGGUAAGGAGCUAUCAGACAAAAGAAUUGUAGAGAAGAAUUGUUCAAUGCUUUAUAAGCUCAAGAGCAAAGAAGGGUUAUCAGACAAGAGGAUUCAACAGAAGGUGCUUUUACAGCCAAGGAGAAAGGCAAGAUGCAAACAGAAAGCAAAGGCAAAAAACAAGGAGAUCAAAGAAACAAAGGUUCUAGAAACAAUGAAAAGAAAAAAAAAUUCCCACAUUGCUCUCACUGCAAAAAGACCACUCACUUGGAGAAAUAUUGUUGGUACAGACCUAACAUAUAAUCUAGAAGAGCAAGUUUUUGUUGAAACUUGCUAUGGAACCAGAACCUCCUCCAAUGCAUGGCUCAUUGACAAUGGCUGCACACACUAUAUGGCAUCUGAUAUCAACAUAUUUAAAGAACUAAACAAGACCUGCACCUCUAAAGUCAGAAUAGCAAACUCCUCUGCAUAUGCUACUUCACAUGAUGAAUCUUCUUUAUGGCAUAAAAGGAUGGGACAUUUCAACUACAAUGCAUUAAAUUUCAUGCAUAAAAAUGAUCUUGUAUUAAACAUGCCUACUGUUGAAGUCAAUGUUAGAGUGUGUGAAGUCUGUCAGCUAGGAAAACAAAGUAAGUUACCAUUUGCAAUUAACAAAGCAUGGAGGGCAAUUGAAAAACUACAACUUGUUCAUAAUGAUCUUUGUGGUCCUAUGAAAAACUUCUCCUUGAAUGGCAGUAGAUAUUUCAUUGCUUUUAUAGAUGAUUUUACUAGAAUGUGUUGGAUUUAUUUCAUGAAACAAAAGUCUGAAGUUGCAAAUGUAUUUUGGAAGUUCAAGGCUUGGAUUGAGAAUCAAAGUGGCUGCAAAAUCAAGAUCAUAAGGUUAGACAAUGGUACUGAAUACACAUAUGACAGAUUUAAUGAGUUUUGUGAAGUUGCAGGAAUUGAACACCAACUGACAGCAACUUACACUCCACAACAAAAUGGAGUCAGUGAAAGGAAGAAUAGAACAAUCAUGGAGAUGGCAAGAUGA